AUGGAGCAAGGCUUGCCCGGCGCGGGCGCCGCGACAGCACCAGGGGCCCAACCCAAGGGCACACAGCCCCUAACCGCGGCGGCCCCGGUCAAAGUGACAGCGCGGUUGAAUGCCUCAGCCCCGGCCAAGCAGCUCGCCAACACGACAGCGCCCCGCCGUUCCAACACGACAGCGCCGUCGGCAGCGGCCACGGGCGCGGCGACGGCAGCCGCAGCAGCCGCAGCGGCCGCGGCAGCAGCGGCGCCGCCGCUCCGCCUCCCGCCGUCCGCGGCGCUGCCCCCCAACGCGACCAUCCUGCCCCCGCGCCUGCCGCCCCCGGCGUCGCCCUCGCCCGCGCCCGGCAACGUCACGCAGCGGCAGCAGCAGCUGCCGGCCGCAAACGUCACCGCGGCGAUCGACGCGCUGCUCGAGAUCCCGCGCGCCGUGGCGGCGCAGGCCGUGCCCCGAAACAGCUCCCUGGCGACCACCAUUGACGCCCUACUCGGCGUCCGCCGCCCGCCCCCGCCCCCGCCGCUGGCGACCAACGAGAGCAUGGCCACGCAGCUGGCGGCCCUGCUGGCGGUCAAACGUUCGGUUGACCGCACCGGCGUGCUCGCGGGCUGGAGUAACGCGACGGGCGCGUACGGAGGCUACUGCAGCUGGACUGGCGUCGCCUGCGACGUGUCGCGCAAUGUGAUCGCCCUCAACACGAGCGCCUUCCAGUUCGGCGCAGAGGCCGGCGAUAAGUACGGCGGCGCGAGCCUCUUGUCGCCGCUCGCUGAUAAGCCGGCCGUGCUCACGGGCGCGCCGCCGCGGGCGGCGGACCUGGGGAAGCUUCCUCGGCUGAGGAGCCUCGCGCUCGUGAACAACCAGCUGGAGGGGCAGCUUCCUGCGGAUUACGGGCAACUUCAGGGGCUGGAGGAGCUGCGGGUGUAUGACUCGUACUUGUCGGGCCCGAUCCCGCCGCAGUGGGGGCAGAUGGGCGGGCUGAAGCUGCUUGAACUCAGGUGA